AUGACCGCUGGCGAGCCGGUCUUUGACGAUCGUAUCGUCAAGAUCGAGACUCACACGUACAACCCGUACGCCAACACGACGUUUGAGUAUAGCGACGAGAUACGAAUACCCAUACAACAACAGGAUCUGUAUACCUUGCCGUAUGAGAGUUUUCUAUACAUCGAGGGAAAACUAAAGAUAAACAAACCAGCUGAAGGAUCUAAUGUGGUACUGGGAAAUAAUUGCGUCGCGUUUAUGUUCGAUGAGAUCCGAUACGAACUCGACGGUGUGGAGAUUGAUCGUAACAGAAAUGUGGGAAUAACUAGCACACUCAAGAACUAUAAUGCGCAGUACGCAUUAACAAGUAGCAAUAACGCGAAUGGAUACUUCAAUUUUUGCGUACCGCUCUACAUGUUAUUGGGAUUUUGCGAGGAUUACAGACGCGUGGUGAUUAACGCUCGUCACGAGUUGAUCUUAAUACGAUCGCACAACGACAACAAUUGUCUGCUUGAAAAUUUGGCACUGGAGCCUGCGAUCGACAUAUUCAAGAUACAAUGGCGAAUGCCACACGUGGUAUUGAACGAGAUCAAUAAGCUGUCGAUGCUGCGCGCCUUGGAAAGCGGACGAUACCUCAGCAUGGGUUUUCGCUCGUGGGAUCUGUACGAAUUUCCGCUAUUGCAGCGUACAACCAAGCAUUCGUGGCCCAUUAAAACCGCGACUCAGCUGGAGAAGCCGCGAUACGUUGUCUUCGUUCUGCAGACAGGCCGGAAGAACGUCAUGUCCGAGGAUACGAGUCGAUUCGACCAUUGCAAAUUGACCAACGUGAAACUCUAUCUGAACUCGGAAUGUUAUCCGUACGACGAUAUGAAUCUAGAUUUCGAUAAAAACAGAUGGUCGAUUCUGUACGACACGUACCAGCGUUUCUGCAAAAACUAUUACGGAUACGAGUAUCUCGAGCCGAAUCUCGCAGUCACGCAGUUUCUACUUAACGGUCCGUUCGUGAUCAUCGAUUGCUCUCGACAAAACGAAUCGGUCAAGAGCGCAACCGUGGAUGUGCGAUUGGAAUUCGAGUGUAAGGAGAACGUGCCGCCGAAUACCACUGCGUACUGUCUCAUCAUACACGAUCGCGUGAUUCAGUACAACCCGUUGACCAACGUUGUGCGCAAAAUCACUUAA